CUAGUUCACUUCUUGGGAUGUCAGAGGAUGAUAUGGGCGAGUCUCUAAUAAAGGGAAUCACCUACCGAAAAGGUGAGAAGUUUUCAGUGCACAAGUCUGUCAAUCUGGCAAAUUAAGGGCGUGACAACUUGGCCAAGAUGCUGUACAGUCGUUUGUUUGGCUGGGUGGUGUUGAAAGUUAACAGCUGUUUGAGAGAUAAAGAUAAUGAACUAAGGGAUUACACAGGCCCAUCCCUUGGACUGCUUGAUGUGUUUGGAUUUGAAAAGUGUGAAAUUAAUGGUCUUCAGCAACUGUGUAUUAACACUGCAAAUGAACAGUUGAUGCAUUUUUACAACCAGCGUGUUUUUGCUUGGGAACAGGUAGAGCUCGAAUCUGAAGGCCUUAAGAGUCAAAAGAUAUCUUAUUAUGAUAACAAGAAAGUUGUUGACCUUUUGCUUAAUCCACCCCAAGGGUUGCUGCCAAUUUUGGAAGAUGAAAGCAAAACAUUGUCCACUGAUGCAGCUUUCGUUAAAAAAUGCAGCUCUGCUAAUCGGAAGCACUCCAAUUAUGAGAUGGCUAGAUUGCCUUAUCCUUCCUUCACCAUAAGGCAUUAUACUGCUGCUGUGACUUAUGUGGCACAGGGUUUCAUAAACAGUAACAGAGAAAUGCUGGAUCCAAGUCUUCUGAACUGCAUGCAAGGUAGCAGUAAUGAGUUCGUGGGUAAACUUUUUAGAGCUACCAUUUCAGGAACAGGUUCAUUAUCAGUACAUCAAGAAAGCGUGCAACACUUGACUGCUACAGAUUCUCGUCAGGCAGAAAGGGGUUUCCAUACAAUUGGAUCUCAGUUAAGAGUUUCUAUCGCUGAACUUAUGAAGAAAGUGUUGUCGUGUGAAGUGCAUUUUAUCAGGUGCAUUAAGCCAAACUCGUAUCAGUCCCCCGACCGCUUUGAUCCUGACACGGUUCUCGCUCAAGUGAGGGCGCUGGCUGUGGUUGAGACGAUACAGAUGAGGAAUCUUGGGUUUCCUGUUUGGUUCCCAUUUGAUGUCUUCAUCAAAAGGUUUGGCAUCCUGGUUGGUCUGCCCUCAAGUGCAUCCGUGAAAGACACGAAUCAGACAUGUCAGAAGAUGCUCCGACAGUUGGCAGGUCCUCAAGGUUGGAGACUGGGUAAAACUAAGGUGUUCUUGAAGUACUGGUGUUUGGAUAGGUUAUACACUCUCCUGCAUCGCUUCGACUCUAUGGCUGUCGUCAUACAAAAAGUUGUCAGAGGCUGGCUAGCAAGAUCCCUUUAUUCCAGGCUAAAACGGCUGAAAGUGGCGCAGGAAAAUAAUGUGAAAAGUUUCCUGAAUACGAUCGGUGAUCGAAGUGAGGCGAUAUUUCAACAUAACACCAACCAAGUGAGGGAAGAGGACUCCAAGCAAAAACAUAAACAAAACGAGUUGGCCAAUGUGAACAGACAGGCAUGGAGUCCAAACCUUCUCAACCAAAAGAGUCCAUCAACUUCCUCGCAAGCGUCAAGUUUCGAUUUCCCGGACACAGGCUCAGCACCGACUUCCCCUCGCCUCAGUCCUCCGCAGCGGAGCCUGUCUGACAUAUCUGAGGGUUCUAUCUCCGAUGUAUUCGGCCCAGACUCUCCUAUAUGUCCCGGUCCUGCGAAGUCGAGAGCUUCUGACUCAUCAGUGAGUUCUGUUUCCGAUGUAUUCGGCCCAGACUCUCCUACACGUCCGGGUCCUCCGAAGUCGAGAGCCUCUGACUUAUCACUGGGCUCUGUCUCCGAUAUAUUCGGCCCAGACUCUCCUACACGUCCCGGUCCUCCGAAGUCGAGAGCCUCUGACUUAUCACUGGGCUCUGUCUCCGAUAUAUUCGGCCCAGACUCUCCUACACGUCCCGGUCCUCCGAAGUCGAGAGCGUCUGAUUUGUCCAUUCUCUCCGUCGAAUCGCUGUUUUCAAAUGAAUCUGAAACGGAAUUCGAUGCUGCACCCCUGGUUUGGUGUAAAAUAACUUGCUUCGAAAGAGAAAUUCCACGAAGUGAGUUUUCCAUCGAUCGUCCAUCCAUCAUAAUCGAUGGCUCUAAUAACGCUUUUGACGUCACAAGGAUCGGCCUCGGAUCGUUACCACCGAGUUCUGACCCCAAGGUUACAAAACUGCGGAACUACGUUGGAAAGGGAGUGGAGAUUGUGAACGAUGAGCAAGGAAACGUAUGGGUGACUCGAGGAAGCAAGAACAAAAUUUUUGUGAAGGGUCAUUUCUUAUCCGAAGAAGUCUUCGCUUCAAAAGGUGUCCUGGAAAAAGAUGUCACUCUCAAAGUUUUUGACUGGGAAUCUUUCGCAAGCCUAGUUCGACAUCACUGUCUGGAGCCCAAGAAUUUUGAUUCUGAUAUCGAGGAGAGGAUCUUGUCGAGUACCUCGGUCUACUUCAGUUUUGUGGUAGAUGGCGAAGAUGACGUCAACACGCCAUGUUGGGCUCAGCUUGAUGUUUUGUCUGCCUUCAAUCAAGCUAAAGCUGCCUGUAAAUAUGCUCGUGAAAGAAAACUCCAAGAAAAGCAAAAGAAGCAGAAUUCACUGCCACCAAUUCUUCGUCCCAAGACGAAGAAAUCACGUGAGUUAGCUGCUGUAGCUCAUUUCCAAGAACAGAUUCGCCCCAGACGUUCCGUCGACACGGACAAAUACAACCGGAAGGCAUGGGCGCGAACGGAAGUCGCUAUGAAUCCUUUUCUUUAUGGUAAAAAGGAAAACCUUACAAUUAUGAAAGCGCUUCAGAAGGAGACUACUAAGGAAUCAAGAAAAAGCCUUGAUGCCGCUUUUCCCCAGUCCCCGUCGGCCGCAUUUGGCAACAGCAAUGACAUGACGGACGCGGGACCUGAGCAGAUCACUGUUGUGAUUGACAGGGUGGAUGAUGUUGGUGAACUGAUGAAUCAGGAGACAUAUACUACAACCACACAGAAGUCUGGUCGCGAAAAACCUGGCAAGAAAGUAUGGGCUAAGAAAAAGUUUGCCGAGGACAAAGCUGAGAAGGCAAAGAAAAGAUCCUCGUGAAAGUUCAAAUGAAGAAUAAUUUCAAGGGUUCCGGUUUAUUGUCAGGCGAAAGGGUAAAACAUUGCGUUUCAGGACUUUUUUACGACAUACAGGAGCUUGAAUAGUGUAAUGAUAUGUAGCCUCUCUUUGGUGCUGCGGCGCGUGCUGAGCAUCCCGGGAAAAAUAAGACCCCGUGACCCCCAUUCACGCUAGACCCCUUGGUGGGUAAACGCAAUACAUCUGACUGCAACAUAUUUUUAUAUCCGCUAUUAUUUAUCCGGACGUCAACGGCGUGGAAAAGGAGGAAACAUAAGGUGUAUUCUGUUUUCAUGAUUACACUCUUUGAAACGUUUUUGGCGUUACUGUUUUCAGUGAAAGUCUAAAGUAAUUCUCAGAUAUUUAAUAGGUACUGAAACUCGACAAUAGCUAGGUUUCCUUGAGGAAUAUCCGAAUCGCAUUCAAAGCUAAAAGCACAAAUGUGUGCAUUAGUUUUUUUUUUUCGACUAUAUUCUUAACCUUGUAUUCG